UUUCUCUCUCUCUCUCUCUCUCUCUCCCAAUACGCUCUCCUUUUCAUUCUUGCCUUGUGCGGAAGGAAAAUUAUUCUCCCGCAGCAUAAAUUAUCGGAGCCGGAAUCUUAGUAAAACCGAGGUGGGUCGCGCGGAAUUCAUAUCGGCGACGACGCAAGCUCCGUCAAGUCACAUCCAGCCGUCAUUGAGGUGAACUGCUGGGUUUCUUGCUUCGGAGUUCAAUGCUGUGGAAGGGUCGAUCGUCCCCACCAGCUACCAUGUGGCCCUGAUCGCGACUUUCUUUGCUCUAGCUCUUGCUUGCUUUCAGAGCCUUUUCAAACGCACGGAGACUUGGCGCCUCUACACCCGGUGUACAUACAGACUGUGCAAGCGGGGCGUUGUCGCGCACAUCUACACACAGCGAGGGUGCACAGUGUCGCUCCCCUCCCUCCCCCCAUCUCUACAAUGACUUCUGUUAGUGCGCGCUGUGCAUACGUUCAUACCUAUUGCCCAGGCGAAAAGGUUGUGCGCCUAGAGCAGUCGAUGUUGACAGCAGACUCCUCAAAGAGGACUCCAAUUCCAAUUGGAAAGAUUGACGAAGCCACGCAUCAUCCGUAAGGAAGGGUUCCUGCUACAGCAAUCAAAGGAUACCUCCCCCCCAUCAGGAGAAACCGGGGAGAGUUAUAGUUAGUUGACGGAGAAACCGAGGCAGGACAUCCACACACACAUGGACAAGGUCGAACCCAAAAAAAAAAAAAGAAUCGAAAGGUGAAUGGGGAACAGGGAAUGGAAGUGAAAGACAUUACUUUGAACGGAGGUAAGAAGCGUCGGAACAGCUGUUGAAAAGACAAGUAAACUGACUAGAUUGUACUGGAAGCUUGGCAAGUGGAUGCACGAGACUGAGAGUUUCAUGUACUGCCAAUUACGUGCGUGUUUAUUACACAACGGGAGUGUGUGUAAAACUAGUGAACGCAUGGCUACGGUGAUGGACAGUGCCCCAAUCCAGGAGGCUACGCAGAUAGGUCGGACAGUAUUGGACCUAACUCGUCAACAGCGUCGUCGUCAUCUUCAUCAUCAUCAUCACAUCUGUGCACACAGACAGACAGACAGACAUACACAUACGCACUCUCAGGAAGAGAACGGUUGAAACAAUUCUAAACAAAGGGGGAGUCGCGAAACAAGAGGUCGAGUCAACACGCAAGGGCUCUUAUAAGGAGCACGUCUUGUGCUCGUGCAGGGUCGGCUGCCCUGCCUUCAGGAGUACUUAGUUUGUAGGGAAAAGUCUUCAGCGCCUUGUCGCGGGAGAUUUGUGUGCAUAUUAUAUUGUCUUCCUCUAUCUCCGUGUGGCUUUGGGUUGGUGGGAAUACGAGGUGAGGUGAUGCGGGGUCGGCUAGCACUGGUUUGGUUCGGGUUCUCCUAGUCUGGAACAAAUGCUUGCGAAGGGCUGGGAGAGAAAGAAAAGAAGAAGCAGCACACAAGGGCAAGCAAUAAGCGCAUCUUGCACUUGUCUGGUGUCAGUUUGUUUAGGACAAGUCUCUGGUGUUUUUUUUCUCAGGGUGCUCUCGUGCCUGUUGUCUUCUCUCGACACCGCGAGGGUUUUCGUUGGAAGUAAUUCUACAACAGAGGUUUGAGUUUGGGGGUAACAAUUUCAAAUAAAGAUCAGGAAGAGUCAACUUCCAAGGACGAAACGCAAGAAGCUCGUGCAUGCUUGUCCAGGGUCGACUGCCCUGUCUUCUAGGUCGUUUAGUUUUACUCGGAUCUAGUCCCCAGUGUCCUUGUUUCAGACGGUUUGGAGUACAUAUUAUCUACUAGCUUCUUGGGUUGGUGUUUGGGGGCGGAAAUACCACGGAAGAGGUCCCGCUCCUGUUGGUUUUGAGUUCUUUUAGUGAGGAAAUCAAGUUCGACUCGUGAAGAUGCGCGAUAUUGGAGUAUAGAGAGAAACAAGUGGUGGAUUGUGGAAGGAGCCUGCGGAAUAAGAAUGAUCUUUUAGUUAGCAUGAUGGGCUUGUGUGCGACCGCGGUUUCGUUGCUUGAAAGUUGCUGCAGAGAUUGAGGAUUUUGUGCAGUUGUCAAAGACAUUACGCUCCGAUGGCAUCAGACGGCUCUUCACCUCACACUUCGCCCGCUCCUUCUCCUCCUGAAAAACCGAAGGGAAUUUCUAGAAAAAAGAAAAGUGCCUCACAGACCGAAGUUCUGGAGAGAGCAUAUGCUGUGGAGAAAUACCCGUCCGAGGCAACAAGAAAACUGCUUGGUAGAGAACUCGACCUUUCUGAUAAGCAGCUCCAGAUCUGGUUCACGCACCGACGGUACAAGGACAGGCGUGAUGGAAUUGACGACGAAAAAUUGACGUUUUAUGCCAAGAACAAGACCCAGGAUCACAUGUCAACUCAGGAAUGUCGGUCAUCUAAGAAGGAGGAAAUUGAUCAGCACAUGAUUGAGGAGGAUUCAGAACCUGAUGGAUAUCCAGCUCGAGUUUUAGCAGAGGAGCGAGAUGAUGAUGAACUCAUUGCUGAGCAUGAACACACAAAUGGCAUGGAUGCAGCUAACAACGGUGGGUAUGGAGAGUUGGAAAAGGUCAAGCCUGGACCCAAGAGGAGAGGUGGUCCAAGGGUACCUAAGGAUCCAAACAGACCACCGCGAAGGCCUGGCCCAAAGCCAAAGUUCAAUGCGAUGGCAGCAGCUGAACGGCAAGCUAUAAUUGCUGUCGAAAGCCAGUUGUGCGGACCACUUCGAGAAGAUGGACCACCGUUGGGAUUUGAAUUUGAUCCUCUGCCACCCCGUGCAUUCACAGAAUUGCCGAUUACCGAAGUGCCUCACAAUGCCGGAGUAAGCAGAGAUGGUGGAUCGGAAAGUUACAGUGAAAGGACUGCACUGCAAAAUAAGUGGACCAAGGAAGUAGAAAUCACGGAUAACAAGAAAAGAAAGAUUGGGGGUUUGCAGACAAGCGGUUCACAAGCUCAGUACUCAAGUGUUCACAAGCCCAGUAGAGGAGAAAAUGGAUAUUGAAGUGGAUGUUGCUUAGAUCCAAAUGGUGGUGGGUUGUUGUCUUUUUCAAAAUCUAUCCCGUAGCAGUCCCUAAGCAGCUCCGAAAGCUUUGUUCCUUGGUGUUGUAUAAAAUCAAUGGUCGGCACGGGAGGUGGGAUUAAUUGGACCUGAUUAUUGGUACACGAUGGCGGUGGCUAUAUGUACCCUUGCAAGAGUUCUCGAUGAUAUUUGUGGUUAUUAAAGGGACAUGUGCAGACCGGAAGCUGUACCAGUGCCCUAAAUUGUAUCAUUGUCCAGGUGGUCUCUCCAUGGUCUAAGAUUUAGAUUUUGCCUCAGGAGUUGGUAUAUAUUGUGUGUCCUGAGAGUCUUGUCCGAGUUGCGAUUGCAGAAGUCGUUAUCUCCCUUCAUUCAAGAUCUGUGUCAACUCUUAGUGUGCGCUGAAGGUAGAGGUUGUGAAUCCUAGGGUUGGUUUUUCGGAAAUAGCCUAGAUAGGAGCUUUCAGGCACCACAAGAGAAGAGCUGGACACCAAUGGUGUUCAACGAAUAGUAGGAGGAGUUCUUAGCUUUAAUGUUACCAGCAUCUGCUGAUCAUCAACCUCAAAUUCACUAGUUGGAUAUGGAGGUCUCCAUUUGCCUCUCAUCUAGAAGAGACGUUGAGGUUCAGGAUCAGCACCAAUGGUUGUCACAAAGCUUGUAGCAGGUUGUGAUAUUAUACAAUCUUGAUUUUUGUUGAGUGUGUUUCACUUGCAGCUA